AUUUCCUUUUUAGGGCAACAGAAACUCUUUAUAACUCUUCCCUCUAACCGCCAAUUUGACAAAUAAAACAGAAAACGAAAAAAAGGCGCACACAUCAAAUCACUCAAACACAUACUUCUUCGUCUUCGUCUUCGUCUUCGUCUUCGUCAAUUUGAAUCCCUAAAAUCUUUUGCGUGGAUUUUCUUCAAAUUUCCACCAUGGCUGAAAUCUUUACAGCAGCUUCUAUUGGAGACCUUAAACGCAUCAAAGAAAUCGUGAAACAGUUUAUUGAUCAGUUUGGAGAACAGAGGGCGAAAGAACUCUUGAGAGCAGAGGGUUUGACUGGGCGUACAAUUCUACACAUUGCUGCUUCCGGGGGUCGAACUCCAAUCUGCAGAUACCUAGUCGAGACUGUCAAAAUUGAUAUUAAUAUCAAAGAUUCAAGGGGUUUCACCCCUCUGCAUCAUGCGAUUUUGGGAGGGCAUUUCAUGACUUCUUCUUUUCUACUGGAUCAUGGUGCAGAUCCUAAUAUGACAUGCAAUGCGGGAUUAGCUCCAUUGCACUAUGCUGCUAAAAAUGGAAAAAAAGAGCAGGUGAAAUUGUUAUUAACAAAAGGUGCUGAAGUUGAUGUGCCAUCGUCUUCUAAAGGCACGCCAUUGAGAUUUGCCGCUGCAUAUAGCAUGAAAGAUGCUGUUAAGAUUUUGCUUGAGCAUAAAGCUAAUCCAAAUUAUACUAAUCAUCCCAUAUUGAACCCGUUGAUAGUUGCCAUCCUAGAGAAUUCUAUUGAUUGCGUAAGGCUACUGCUGAAGCAUGGUGCUGACCCGAAUCUUGGUUUUCUUGGAGAAAAACCUUUGAUUGUUUCUGUAAAUGAAGGCCAUAUAGAUAUUAUGAAAUGCUUGCUUAGAGCUGGAGCUGAUCCUAAUGUUACUAAUUUUUGUGAUCUUACACCAAUUGAAAUUGCGGCUGUGGAAGGUAAUCUUGCAAUUGUAAACGCCCUCUUUGAUGUUACUGCUCGUAUUCCUCAUAUUCCGACUUGGAGCAUUCUUGGAAUACACGAGUAUGUCAACUCUAACGGAGCAAAAGAUCAGCGGAAACUCAAAUCUGAAAUUAAAUUCUUAGAAGCAAAAGCAAAUGGAGCACAAGCCAUCAGAACAGAUGAUUACAUGACUGCAGUUUGCUGGUUUACAGAGGGUAUGAGGGUGAAGCCAACAGAUGCGACAUCGUUCUCCAACAGGAGCCUUUGCUGGUCGCGCUUGCACAAGCGCACUCUUGCACUCUCUGAUGCAGAUCUCUGUAUUAGACUGAGACCAGAUUGGUUUAUGGGACAUUACCGUGCAGGAGUAGCCUAUAUGAUGUUCAAGGACUAUAAAAAUGCAGAAGCAGCAUUUAGGACUGCGUGUAAGUGUGCUCCUCUCAAUCAGGACCUCAAAGAUGCUUACAGUAUGGCGUUGGCGUACAUACAAGCACCACCCACUGAUGAUUUCAGCCGGCUCUCUGUUGACUGAUUGUGUUCAUUGCAAUAUGUAGUUUUGGUGACUGGAAUAGAAGAAAAGUGAUGUAUAAUUUUGUGAUUAGAUUAGAAAAGAACUUGGAACAACAUUUUGUGUUGGUGAUUGAUCUAGAAAAUGUAUAUCUUAGAAUACGAUACAAUAUGUCUAAGGAAUUACAAUAGUAUGGCUGGAGUAGUUGUGUAGUUGUGUCACUGUGUGACAAUUAUCAUGUUUCCCAAACAAGGAUUUUGGAAUUGAAUUACGUCUAAACUAGGAAUUAGAAUUACGUCUAAACUAGGAAUUACAAAAUAGUA